AUGUCGGACAUCUCCACUGAUUUCAACAACGACACGCUGCCGGCGGCUCCGGUCACAAACUACAAUUUCCCAGCGCUCAUAUUCGGGAUUUUGCUGAUUGUGAUCAUCACCGGAGGGAACGUGCUCGUGUGCCUCAGCGUGCACUUGGAGAAGGCUUUAAAAACGACCACAAACUACUUCAUAGUCAGUCUCGCGUUUGCAGACCUGCUGCUGGCGGUUCUGGUUCUGCCGCUCUUCGUUUACGCAGAGGUAAGCACCGAGCUACAGUGGCCCAGAUGGAUUACUGAAGGAGAAGGUUUAACUCUUCCUCCUUUGUCUUGCAGGUUCAUUGCAGUGUCCAUUCCCCUGAACUACAACCGUAAACAUGUGGACCAUCGUCAGCUCAUCCUGCUGUCGGCUACCUGGCUGCUGGCCCUGGCCGUGGCCUCCCCUGUCAUCUUUGGCAUCAACAACGUGCCUGACCGCGAUCCCAGCGAGUGCAAACUAGAGGACAACAACUACGUGGUUUAUUCCUCAGUCUGCUCCUUUUUCAUCCCCUGCCCCAUCAUGGUCCUGCUCUACUUUGGGGUUUUCCGCGGGCUGCGGCACUGGGAGGAGGCCCGGAAGGUCAAACUGCGCAGCAGCAUCGAAGCUUGCAGGAAGCUGCAGCACGCAGCCGUCGCCACCGCCCUCCCCCCGCUGACAGGCACCAUCCCCGGGCCUCUGCCCAUGCCUCUACCCAGGAUCAUCGAGAGGGACUUGGCCCAGUCUCGGCUGGACGACACGGGAGACUACAUUCAGCAGGAGAUUCCUUAUCCUCGGCAGUACAGAGAGAACUCAGUGCCCACGCUGACGUUCAGCCAUCAGCUGCACAGGAAGAAGAGAGCCAAGAUCAACAACAGGGAGAGGAAAGCUAUGAGGGUGCUACCUGUCGUAGUAGGUUGCUUCUUGUUCUGCUGGACUCCGUUCUUCGUGGUUCACACAACGCGGGCCGUGUGUUUGACGUGCGACAUCCCUCCCGGUCUGAUGAGCACUGUCACCUGGCUCGGCUACGUCAACAGCGCUCUCAACCCCAUCAUCUACACCAUCUUCAACACCGAGUUCAAGAAAUUCUUCAAGAAAUGUUUCCGCAGCUGCUGCUGA